AUGUCUGGCAACCCAUCCCCUCACCACGCCCAGCCCUACAAUCCCCACCCCUCUCCCUCCAGACCCUUGUCCUUCUACCCCGGGCCUCACUCCUCCCCUCACGAUUUCCCAACCUCAACUGACGCUACCCACUCUGGUGCUCAGAGUCUCGGGAUGGUAGACACCUUUCUCGGGCAGAACUCUUCUCCCAGUCGUCAGUCUGGGCAAGGCGAGCGCGCAGGAGAGUACAUUCAGCUGGGUGGGCCGGAGCAGACGCGCGAAGAGGACUAUGGUGGUGGUAGCGGGCAGUGGCCCGAGGGCUAUCAACAAACUUAUCCGUUCAGCAUGCAGUACACCAAAGAUGGUGCCCAAACCUAUUCCCAAGCACAAGCGCAACUCCCUCCUCCCGGUCAAGGUCACUACAACGACCCCGACUCCGACCCCUCGAACCCAAUGCCUGCGCCCGUGCAACCGGAGCAAGAACCCGAAGAAGAGUUCGACCCCAUGGCUCCCGUGGAAAGGUUUGACGCGAAAGGCGAGCUGGAGAGCAAGUGGAAUGAUCUGCAGAAAGAUAUGGUGCCUUUCCUCCAGAACUUUACAAACGAAGCCCUGUCCAACACGUACAGUUCCCUUCCGGCCAUGCAAACUCACCGUGAGGCUGACGUGACUCUUAGCUUUGACUUGAUCCUCCAAGCUCAUUACAUGUACCAUCAACUCAACACCCGGAUGCAGAAAGAGCUCGUGGAGGGCGUAAAGGCGAUUGAUGAAGAAGAGAUGAAGCAGGAGGCGGCAAGGAAGGUGAUCACCGACUUUUCGAACGAGAUGAAGAGGGCCGCAGAGGUGCUGAAGAUGUUUGGGGGAUCGGAAGCGUUUCGUAACGUCACGCAGUAG